AUGCCUACGACUCCCGGCGAAGUCGACCUACCCGGUGUCGUAGAGGAAGCCCAAGCAAUCCAAGCGGCUGUUACCGCACCACACGAAGUACAAAUACUCGCUGAGCCUAGUGCAGAGAAAGUCCUUAGCAGGCUCCCGGAUUACACCAUCGCGCACUUUGCAUGUCACGGAUCGUCCGAUAUGCUAGAUCCCUCAAACAGUUUCCUAGCUCUACAUAGAAAGUCGGACUCGGCUCCAGAUCAUCUUACGGUCCAGCGGAUCUCCGAAUCCAAUCUUGGGCAAGCAUGGCUAGCAUAUCUUUCCGCCUGCUCCACAGCUGAAAACCGAGUCUCAGAGUUAGCAGAUGAAGCCCUACAUCUUGCAAGCGGGUUUCAAGUCGCAGGCUUUGCACACACAGUGGCUUCGAUGUGGCCUUCUAGCGAUGAUAUUUGUGCGCAAGUAGCCAGUGUCUUCUAUCGUGAGCUUAUUGUCAAGGGUGAGUUUCGAGAGGGUAACCGGGCUGUGGCAGCGGCGAUUCAUUCGGCUGUGAAGGAGGUCCGCACGCAACACGCGGAACGACCACAUCAGUGGGCCCAAGUCGUUCACUUUGGGGCAUAGGAGAUCCAGAUUGUUCCCAAAAUUGUCAACAUAAUGAGAAUUAAGCAGAAUGUUUAUUUGAAGCUAAAGACUUCCAAACUCAUGUUUCAGCAAUCGGACUAACAAAGUCGUAUCUUCAUGUGGUUCAUGCAUGGUUGCCUUAAGGUACGGCUUGCCAGUGUAUGUGACUCUGUCGUCCAAUGAAUGCUUCGUCUGGUUUUCUCAGGAAUACGUGCCCAACAAUCAUUUGAGUUGAUGCUGAUGUAUCUCACAAAUUUUUUGUGUAUGGUGGCCGUUGUAUAAUCAUGAUUGAUCAUGGGCACACGACCGAGUACGGUCUUCAUAGUGCUCGACACAUGGAGGUCGAAGGUGCCCAGCACCAGUGAUGUCACGUGAUGUAAAUUUUCCAAUCGCGGAAUUUAGUUACUCCGUACUAGAUGUCCAGAUUGUCGGUGGCCUGGAAGAGGAGUUCGGCCCAAGGCGCCGUUCAAGUCAGCCUCGCCGUUCAUUUAGCCAAUCCUGGGUUGGGAUUCGACGGUAUACGCAAGUGCCAAGGGACCGUCGUUUCAGCCAGGCCAAGGAAAGCUAAUGACACUGUUUCUGAGCCAAGCUGAGAAGGUCAGUGCGGUGGUCGCGCGACGGAGGGUGAGAAUCACCCGCUCUCACCCAGCUUCUCACCCUGUCUAUUGCGCACUCACCCUAUCUCACCCCGGUCGCGCGACCGUAAAGCGGCGCUCACCCACUUCUCACCCGGGCGGCAGCCACCCGACUAUCUGCCGCACAUAAGCCCAUUACUCUACGAGGCCAAUUCUCGAGGCGCCCUGAAAAUUCAAAUGGCGAAAAAAAAAGUCUUGGGUUGAGUGUAGGUGAUAUGGGUGAGAAUUCUGGAGACCGAGGUGAUAGAGGUGAGAACAGGGUGAGAAGGGGUGACAACAUGAUGGACAUCCCUCCGCACAUCUGCCCAAGCCAGAGUGAUAAAUAGGCAGCUGGGGUGUCAGGACCACUGUACCUGACCUGCGCAGGCCAACUGCGGCAGUGAGAGACAGAUGGGUUUCCCGCCGAAACAACCACAGGUCACGUGAUCCACUACUGUAUUUAAGCAUUCUCAGCUGGGCCUCUCGAGGACCAGCGUUCAGUCUACCUAAUACGACAUACUGUAUUACACGCAUCAGCUUAGGCUUCUAUCUCGCUUACCCAUCUAACCCGAGACUACUGGUGGUCUCACAGUUACCCUCUAGUAUUUCCUAACGAUCCACGAUUCGAAGCUUUCACGACCCCAUUUUUGCGCAAAUCUUAGCCUCUUCCUAGCAAGAGAAGGCUUAAUAGGGAU